AUGAAAGAGGCCCUCAUCACGUCGCGUGACGAUGACUUCUCCCCGUCACAUGGAUCCGACACGGUGAACGCCCUUCAGAAGUUUGUGGAAGAGCCAACGAGCGCCACCUCAGAUAUGGGCAAUGAGGCCCACAGCACGUCGCGUGACGACUUCUCCCCACCACAUGGAUCCGACACGGUGAACGCCCUUCAGAAGUUUGUGGAAGAGCCAAUGAGCCCCACGUCAGAUAUGGGCAAUGAGGCCCGCAGCACGUCGAGUGACGAUGAUUUCUCCCCGUCACACGGAUCCGACACGGUGAACGCCCUUCAGAAGUUUGUGGAAGAGCCAAUGAGCCCCACGUCUGAUAUGGGCAAUGAGGUGCCGGAAGAAGAGAGAUCGUUGCUACCACAUGGUUCUCACGAUUCUCAGAAGUCUGCUCGGGAAGCGGAGAUGGACCAUCAGGUCUGUGGAACGAGGGUUAUCUUGAACAUCUACGACGUGACGCAGUCAACGGGUGUGCAAUGGAUCAACACCCUGUUCGCGUACGAGCAUGCCCCCGUGAAGCUUGGGGGGCUCUUUCACGUCGGCGUGCAAGUAGGGGACGAAGAGCGGAUGAUGGAGGAAGUGUAA